AUGGCGGCCAAACAAAGGCAGAAAUUGACGGCGAUGGAGACGGAGACAGCGGCGGAGACGGCGACGAUGGAUUUAAUCGGAGAAGACCUUCUGCACAACAUUCUGUCUCGGUUACCAGCAGAAUCAUGUGCAUCAGCAGCAUGUGUGAACCGUAGUUGGAAUCUCAUCAUUAAUCGCCUUCUCACUCUUCCAAAUCUUUCAUCUGCUCUUUCCUGCCAUCCUUGUCUUCAGGGUGCUGUGGAUGAGGCUGUUGACAAGGUUUUAGCUAGACCGAUCCGGCCCCAGUUUGUAAUUGCUUCCAUUGGUCCUUCUUUUGACUUGGAGGAAGCUCAGUGUCUCAUUAGUGAUAGAUUCAGUAGCGAAAUUCCAAUAAUCACUUCGAUAUCCUAUGGAGUUUUUGGGCAAGACGCUAACACUAAUGAGUUUGAAGAGGUUCAGUGGGACACAUGGGAAGACAACAAGGCUCAUGAGAAUUUUCGUGAUGAGGACGAGGGUGUUUUAGUGACUGUUGGUUUCUUGCCAGGAUUAACAGUUGAUUUAAUCCCAUUAAAAAAAACUCGGGGACUCAUGACUGAGAAUUUCGUGCGCAGUAUCAGGGAACGCUCGUUUUCUCGUUCUGGAUCAUCACCAAUGGGAAUUUUGUUAUUUUCUGACGAGGACAUUGACAUCAAACCGGUCCUUGCAAAGUUGGAUUAUGCUUUUUCCAGUGAGACUGCCAUUGUGGGUGACGCGGGUUCUAAGUUUUUAUACCAAGAUGGAAAAGCAAUUAGCCCUUCUAACAGCAGAGUGUCCAGUUCAGCUGCUGUUGCUCUUUUGUUUUCAAGGGAUACAGGCAAGCCUCCUGGUGUUGGGGAAACUCAGUUUCAUGUAAUGUUAUCCACUGGCGUUUCACCGAUUGGGCCUAAAUACAAAGCUGUUUAUGUUAAGGCAGUAUCUCAUGACAAUUCUACUCGGCUCAUGGCGACAACAGACGAAAUUGACUUUAAUAUGGAUGGUGAGACUAUUUUAGAUCCGAUUUAUGAUGAGUUGGGAGAUCAUACCCAUUCUCGAACUCUCUAUGUUGGAGUUACAAAGAUGAGGAAAUGCACUUCUCGGCAUGUGGACACAAACUGGAUAUUUAUGCGUGAAUUCCAAAUGGUUUUAAGAGGUGAUUACGAGUAUCUCUAUGUCCAUGGUGAUGGUAUCAAAAGUUACGACUCCUUCCAGUUUUACCAUGCAAAUUCUGAUUUGGCGCGUGCUUCUUGCAACAAUGUUUCAAACAAGAUGAAACUUCUGAAGCAGGAUCUAAACCACCUAACUGAUGAUCAUUCUAUUAGCAAUGGAAGCAUGGGUAUGCAGAAGAAGUCUGUUUUUGGUGGUAUGAUGUUUGCUUGCUAUGGUCGUGGCAAGUUAUAUUUCGGUAAACCUAAUGUAGAUGCCUCACCUUUCUUGGAGAACUUCCCUGGGGUUACCUUCUCAGGAACCUAUUGUAACGGAGAAAUUGCACAUGGAGAUUUUAGCUUAUACGAAAACGGGUCUAAAGAACAUAGCUCUACACGUUGCAGUUUGCACGAAUUCAGCACCGUCUACCUGGUUAUGUCGUAUACUUCUCCUACAUUGCCACAACAUUAGA